AUGGUACGCACUACAGUAUUUGUACGUCGUACGAUCGGAGUACAGCGUGUUGGAUCCUACAGAAUUAUGGACGGUAGGAUACUUCUGUAUAAAAAUGUCGAGGACUUAAUGGCAUAUCAGCUGUAGACGGUUUGCAUCGCCCCUAGCAGCGCCGUACCACCGGUAGGAUUAGCACUAGGUAGGUAGGGCAGGGGCGAAGCACCGCAAGAGAGACGGCAGACGUGGGCUUCACGAGCAGACAAGCAUCGCGGGCGCCAAGGGGACAAGGGAUCACACGUCAGCAAGGCGAGCGAGAGAAGCCAUUGAGGCUGGUCCAAGCGUCGCCGUAGAAUACACCGUGUGGGGGCGGCGGCAUGGCGGCGGGCAGUGCGCCGGUGUUCAACCUGUUCAUCAUCAACAAGUCGGGCGGGCUCAUUUACUACAAGGACUUCGGGUCGCAGAGCAAGCUGGACACGAACGAGUCGCUGCGCCUGGCGUCCACGUGGCACGGGCUGCACGCCAUCGCCAUGCAGCUGUCACCCAUCCCCAACGGUGGUGGCAUUGACAUGUUGGAGGCGGGCACCUUCGACCUACACUGCUUCCAAACGCUCACAGGCACCAAGUUCUUCAUCGCCACAGAGGUGGGGUUCAGCGGCGCCGCCACGCUGCUCGCCAUCAUCUACGACCUCUACACCGACUACGUGCUCAAGAACCCCUUCUACGAGGUGGAGAUGCCCAUCCGCUGCGACCUGUUUGACCUGCAUCUGCCCGCGGCCAUCCGCAAGGACCGCUCGCUGCUGGUGGCUGGGGUCGUCGUGCCGGGGAGGACAUAAUGCUGGGAACACUGGCACAAGGGUCAGAUCAUUUGCAUGAGCGUGCAGAACGGGCCCUACCUAACUAGACCUCAAGAACGCAACAAACACUUCUGCUCUAGAUUCGGGUAGAGCAUACUCCGUACCAUGGAGCACAAUUUGGGAAUAGAGGCAUAUGCGUUGCAAGUACGGUACAUGGCACAUGCGCAAUGAGUGAUUGGUGGUGAGAUGAGAAGAUUGGUGGUACCCACACGUAGGUUUUGUUUCAGUGUGACUAACGGCAUGUGGCAAGCAGAAGUCGAAACGACGGGACUAGACCGGAGGUUACGUAGUAUAAUGAGGUCAAGUGUGUUAUAUUAUAUAGGUUAUAUUGUUAAAAAGGAAAACUAGGCAGUAGGCAGGAACAAGGCCGCCAUGAAUGUGGCGGCGGGGUUUUAGCUAGAAGGGUAGGAAAAGUGUCGAGAGAAAGAGUGUAUGAUUAGGAGAAGAGAGGAGUACAAGGAGGGGUUU